UAGGGCUGGAAGUGGGCUCGGGCCGGCCCGAAGCCCAUCGGGCCGGGCUGCCUGCGGGCCGGGCUAUGGGUUAAAAACUUAAGCCCAAUUCUAUUUCGGGCCGGGCUCGGGCUGAAAUCUUAAGCCCAAUUCUAUUUCGGGCCGGGCUCGGGUUUUCCAUUGGCCCGGCCCGGGCCCAGCCCGAGCCCGGGCCCAAUGCGAGCCUGAACGAGAUCGAAGACGGGCAGACGGCCCGAGCCAGUCGCGAGUCGCGACUUAGGGGGAUUUUUGGGGUUUUGUAACUUUGUUUGACGAGUCGUGAACUCGUGAUUGAACUCGUGAAACCCUAGGCGAGAGCGGAGAGCCGCGAGACCGAGACGCGGAGAGCCGGAGACGGUGGUCCAGUGGAGGCGUGGAGGCUCGUCGUCGUCUAGGGUUUCUCACCAGUCGUCGUCGGCGGCAGCGGCUUGUCGAGUGCAGAGGCGAGACGAGAGCAGUGGAGGCUCGUCGUCGUCGGCUAGGGUUUCUCCGCUCCCUUCUCGGAUCGUCGUCGUCGCCGACUCACCGAGUGCCAAUCGUCUCGGAUCGUCGCCCUCAUCUCCCUUCUCCUCCAGGCUCCACCCCCUCACCGCCAAAAUUGAUCGUCACUUGAGGUGCAUCGGCUCUAGUCGGCUCUCAGAUUAGGGUUUUUUGGAUAAUCUAUUCUCUCUUGCCUCUUGGUGCUUUACCUUGUUCUAUUCUCUCGAGUCUUGGUGCUUCACCGGCCCCGAUCCUCUUCUCCUCCUUCCUCUGUGGCGCUGACCGACCUGCCGAGAAAGAGGUAAUUACUUAUCCUCUUCUCCUCCUUCCUCUGUGGACUGUGGUGCCUAAAAUAUUAUUUUUUUACUAAUCUAUUGCUUGCUCCCCUUCUCGAAAACAAAAGGGGGAGGCUUUAAAAGUUAGUAGAGCUCAUUUCAUCUGCCAAAUAUCACAAAUAAGAGGAUCAUGUGCUUUUGAGGUGGUUGUGCUGCCAUAAAUCCACAAGUUGUGUUUAGUGCAUUUUAGACAUUUACUGUUAUUUCUACAAUUCUACUAAGUUUGUGGUUUUAAUUAGGUUUGUGGUUUUGAAUAGGUAAUUAAAAGUGUGAUGUGUAAUGCCUGAUGCUAUUGGCUUGCUUUUCUUGUUGUUUGCCUCAGACACACUGAACUCAAUCUUAAUUUGUUGAUCAGUGAUCACUGAUCCAUAGUCUCGCUGAUUCCUUUCCUCUUUAUUUUCUCCUCUCUUUAUCUGAUUUGAAGGUUUCAGAAAGUCCUUAUUAUCUUUCCAACCUUAACAACCUGUAAGCCUAGGAACUAAAUAAUAUAUCUUCCAUUCCAGAAGCUGCUCAUAUCUCAUCUGUUUAUAAGACUGUAACAAACAGGGGAUGAUUCAUUGAGAUAGUAAUGACAUGACUAUAUCUCCAACUUUGUCAAUAACAAGAGUUUUAAAUUUUCGUACAUAUCUGAUGCUAUAGGUUAAAUUUGUGAUAUUUAUUUUGUUAUUUGGGCAGAUUAUUUUUACUAAUGUCUCAUUCUAAAGUUGGUGAAAAUGAGACUGUUGAAGAUUUAAGGAAUGAGGAUGAUAGAAAUGAAGAUACUGCUGAAAAUAUUUGUGACAAUUCUUCUAAAAAAAGAUCUUGGGUAUGGAAUCACUUUAUCGAGGAAAAAAAUUCUAAAGGGUCAAUAGCUAAGUGCAAAUAUUGUAAAAAAGUUUUAAGUGGGAGCACUAAAGGAGGAACGAGUCAUCUAAAACGCCAUCUUGAAAAUGUUUGCAAGAGGUAUCAAAAGAAUUCGACUAAUCAGUUGCUCUUACUACCAAGUUCAAAAGAUCCGAUAAAGUGUUUCAAAUUCAAUCAAGAAGAGAGUAGAAAAAUUCUUGCAAAAUUUAUCAUAUGUGCUGAGCUUCCAUUUCGUAUUGUUGAGCACACUGUUUUUCUGGAUUUUAUGAGAUCUCUUCAGCCAUUAUUCAAACUUAUGGGUCGUAAGACUGUAAAACAUGAUUGUAUGGCUUUGUAUCAAGAAGAGAGGAAAAAAUUGCAUGAUGUAUUCAAGAACCUAAGUUCUCGAGUCAGUUUCACUACUGAUAUUUGGACAUCAAAUCAGAAAAUCGGUUAUAUUUCUUUCACAGCACAUUAUAUUGAUUCUGACUUUACUCUGCAUAAGAAGAUUAUUAGUUUCAAGAAACUUCCAUACCCUCACACCAGCUUUGCAAUUGAAGAUGCUGUAAAAAAAUGUCUUGUUGAAUGGGAAUUGGAUUAUAAAAUAUGUGCUAUUACUUUGGAUAAUUGCAGCACAAAUGAUGCUGUAAUGAGAAGGCUCCGAGAUCACUUUUGUGCUUCAAUGUUGUUUAGUGGGGAGUACAGUCAUAUUAGAUGUUGUGCACAUAUAUUAAAUAUUAUGGUUCAGGAUGGAAUGAAAAUCAUUCAUGAAGCUAUUGAAUGUAUAAGAGAAAUUGUUAGAUAUGUCUCUGCAUCCCCAUCUCGAAUGCAAGCAUUUAAUGAAAUUCUACAGCAUAUGAGACUUCCUGCUAGAAAAGGACUCACUUUGGAUGUUCCUACAAGAUGGAAUUCUACUUAUGAAAUGUUGCAUGAUGCACUUGGUUAUAAAGAUGCUCUUAUUAGAUAUGCAACUGAGCAUUCAUGUGUAUGCCCCACCAAUGAUGAAUGGAAAAAGGCUUCUAUAAUUCUUAAAUUUUUAGAAGCCUUUCUUGAUGCCACUAAAGUAUUUUCUGGUUGUAAGUAUCCCACAUCCAAUUUAUACCUAAAAGAAGUUUGGGGAAUUAGGGCUUUGUUGAUGGAUGAAAGUAUCGAUACUGAUGAAACAGUGAAGCAAUUAACAAAUGAGAUGCUAAAGAAGUUUAACAAAUAUUGGUCUCAGUGCAAUAAUUUGUUGGUAAUUGCUUCUAUUUUGGAUCCCAGAUCAAAGUUGAUAUUUGUAGAAUUUUGUUAUCAAAAGGCAUUUGAGUUGGAGGAGUGCAAGAAAAAGAUUGAUGAUAUUCGUGCUUGUCUUUUUAAAUUGUAUAAUGAGUAUGUAGAUGCAACAAGAAUGCACCCCUCUAUGAGUUCAAGUGAGCGAACAUCUAAUUUUGGUGGACAAGGUGAUAUAAGUUCAGUUUCUUCCCAAAAAAAAUUUGGUAUGGACUUUGCUCAAUUUAGAAGUCAGAGUUCUUCAAAACGCCCUAAGAGAUCCGAGUUGGAUAGUUAUUUGGAUGAUGAUGUACUUCCUGAUUUGGAGAAUAAAGAGUUUGACAUCUUGGCUUGGUGGAAGAGCAAUGCAGCAGUCUAUCCUAUACUAUCAAGAAUGGCUCGAGAUGUUCUAGCUAUUCCAGUCUCCACUGUUUCAUCUGAGUCAGCAUUCAGCACUGGUGGUAGAGUUGUGGAUCAGUAUCGAAGCUCUUUGAGCCCUUCUACCGUAGAAGCCUUAGUGUGUACCCAAGAUUGGCUUCGUGAACAAUAUGAUGAAGUUGCAAAUUGCUCGAGUUCUGUAACGUUGAAUGUAGAUGACGACACCCUGGACUCCUGGAGUGGGCAAUUUGGGAGAACUGAAUGACGAUACCCUCAUCAGAUCUAGUUCAUACCUAAAGUAUCAAGUAUGAAGCUUGAAGCUGACUUCAGGGGGUUUCUCUAUUACAUGGAUAUGAUGAAUAUAUUAUUGUGCAGGGAACAACGACUUCAGGCCGAUGAUUUUUUUUAUCCUCUUGUUUUUGAUGGAAUCCUUUUGUUUGGUUUCAGUUGUAUCGUUGCAGUUGGUUGCAUGGAAUGAAUUUUUUUGCAAGUUAUCUUCAAACUAUCAGAUGCUAUUUUGUUAAUGAUCUGUCUGAUUGCCUACUUGGUCUAUCUUAUAUUUGAUUUAAGUUGAAUAGGUUGUUUGCUUGUCGACAUUUUUGCUUGUAUGUUUACAAGAGCAGCAUAUGGAACCACUCAGGGGAAUGACAUUAUAAAGCUGAAUUUUGAUCCGUAUAUCUACUGUUUCUUUGUGGUUCUUUAAAGGUAAGUGCACUAUUAUCCAUUGCUGGGUUGCUUCAGUGACUUUAUGAUGAACCAUGGAACCACUCAAGAGUCUCACUUUGUAGAGCUAUCAUGGUAAGCAGGUAGCCAGGUAGAGAUAUCAGGGUCGGCUUGUUAUUUAUUUUCUUCCUUGCUUUGCAGGCUGUAUUGCUUAUUGCAUCGUACCUUGAUGUUCCUCUACGAUAUCCUUUGCGCUUGGGAGGCUCACGUUCAUAUAUUCAUGACUAUGCUCCUUCAGUUGAGUCUAUAUCAUCAGAUUACAAAGCCGUCUGAAUUCUAUCAAUUGAUAUUUUUCCUUAUUCAAUUAAGGUUCCAUGAUAAAAGAGUAUUUCAAGAUUACAUUUUCAUAUAUGCUUCAUCUUUCUAACUGAUUCAUGCAUAAUAAAAUCUGGUGGCCAAGUGGCACUUAUGGUUCAGUACUAAGAUGGUACAAUUUUCAUCAGAAGUUAAUUUUUAUUU